UCUGUGCAAGAAACAAAGAAGAAAUCGGUGGUUAGACUUUAUUGGAAGCUUCCAAAGUUUCAGGCACUCUGUUCAUAAUUUAUUACGGAUUUCCCACGCAAUGGUUGACCCACUGAAAGUGUCAGUCAAUCUGUUUCUGACAAACUGUUUUAUCGAUUCAAUUAAUCAUUUUUGACUUUCCUGUAAAUCUGAUGUAGACACGUUGAAAAAAUCUUGAGACCUGUUCGUAAAUCCUUUUAACUUUCUUGGAGAAAGUAGAAGGCGGUUAAUGUCCUUGAGCUUUCAACGUUACUCCACCUACUUGGAAAUUUCGCCAUUCGCUAUGAUUCACUUUUGGGACAAAGUCGACGUAGAAAAUUCAGUGAAGGAACGGAUCAUGGCUGAUAGGCCAGCCUGAAAGUUGCCGAGAAGUUUCAAUUCCCAUUAAACCUACAAGAGACGUAACACACAAUUUCAAUUCCCUAACUCAAGCAUUGGUCUGAUCUCCAAAAUGGCACGGAAGAGUUCAAGCCUGCCAAUCUUCUGGUUUGCCCUAAUAAGCUCUGGUGUUGUGUCGGCCCAGCUGACGUGUCACAACGACGCAAGGACUUUCGGACAGAACGGUGCGUACGACGUGAACCGUCGCCUUGUCCUGUCGUAUCUUCCCUCCAACGUCACAGCUCAAAGACGAUUCUACUAUGCUUCGGUUGGCCAAGAACCCGAUAGAGUUCACGCCUUGGGGAUGUGCAUUCCAGAUGCUAAGGCCGAGGAUUGUUCCAAAUGCAUCCAGACAGAAUCCGAUAAAAUCAUAGGCAGCUGUCCUAACCAGACAGAAGCCUAUUCAUGGUCUGGUGAACCGACGCUUUGCGUCGUACAAUACUCCAACCGUUCGUUUCUUGGAUCCCUCGAUUUGGAGCCGAGUAUCAGGCUGUACAAUACUGGAGAUAUCAGAUUAAAUUUAACGGUGUUUGUUGAGACAUGGGAACGAACCAUGCGUCGAAUGAUAGACGCAGCCGUGUCUACACCCGACUAUUAUGCAGCCUCCGCAGAACCUCUCGCGGUCUUCCAAACGUUAUAUGCGCUAAUGAAAUGCAUUCCUAAUCUAUCUUCUUGGGAUUGUAAUGCCUGCCUUCAAAUGAGUGUUGGUAACUAUCAGUCAUGCUGCCAAGGAAAGCAAGGCGGCGUUGUUGCAAGACCGAGCUGCUUCUUCCGGUGGGAUCUGUAUCCAUUCUCUAAGGCUUUCGACAAUACCACUUCUGUGUUUCGAUACCAACCUCCGCCACCUCCGGAGGAAGGCAGUCGGACCGUCACUACGACCGAGAACGGUAGCAAAAAAAUCUCAGCGGGAAUCAUAGCAGCAAUAGUCCUUUCUGGUGCGGUUAUCGUCACAUUGCUUGCUCUAGGGUUUUCUGUUUGCUGCAGGAGAAAAUCUCACCGAGCAUUACAGCUCCAAAGCUCGCUGCAAUUCGAUUUUCAGGCAAUCGAAGCAGCGACAGAUAACUUUUCAGAGAGCAACAGACUCGGUCAAGGUGGAUUUGGCGAAGUCUACAAAGGUAUCUUUCCGAGUGGAACGCAAGUUGCGGUCAAGAGGCUAUCGAGAACGUCGGGACAAGGCGAAAAUGAGUUCAGGACCGAAGUAGUCCUUGUCGCAAAGCUUCAGCACAGAAAUCUGGUCAGGCUUCUUGGGUUUUGCUUGGAAGGAGAAGAGAAGAUACUUGUCUAUGAACUCUUGCCCAACAAAAGCCUCGACUACUUCCUGUUUGACUCUACAAGAUGGGGCCAAUUGGACUGGACAAAACGGUACAAGAUUGUCAAAGGGAUUGCUCGAGGAAUUCUGUAUCUUCAUCAAGAUUCACGCCUCACUAUCAUACACCGGGACCUCAAAGCGAGUAACAUUCUCUUAGACGCAGAUUUAAACCCCAAAAUCGCAGACUUUGGAAUGGCGAGGAAUUUCGGUAUAGACCAAACCGAAGCAAAUACAAGACGAGUAGUCGGAACCUUUGGUUACAUGCCUCCAGAGUAUGUGAUGCAUGGCCAGUUCUCGACAAAAUCUGAUGUCUAUAGCUUCGGAGUGUUGAUUCUGGAGAUUAUUAGCGGAAAGAAAAAUAGCAGCUUCCAUCAGACGGAUCGUUCUCUCGGCAACUUGGUCACAUUUGCCUGGAGGCUAUGGAGAAACGAAUCACUGUUAGAACUAGUAGAUCCGACCAUCGGGAAGAACUAUGAUACGGAUGAGGCUAUUAGAUGCAUCCACAUCGGCCUUUUAUGCGUUCAACAAGAUCCUGCAGACCGUCCAUCCUUGUCGAAUCUCCUACAGAUGCUCACCACAAGCACGAUUACUCUACCAGUGCCCCGACCACCUGGGUUUUUCUUAGGAGAUAGACUCGAGCCGAACCCAUUGGUCGGGGGAUCGGACAUAACCAGCAAGUCUUUUCCUUGUUCCAUCGACGAGGCAACGAUCACAGAUUUAAGCCCUCGUUGAUGGCCCAACUGCUUGUCUUGUCGGUUGUUUCAUAAAUCUUGUCUAUAUAACUCAGUUCAAUAAAUCUGGUUAUUACUGAAGUCACCAAGUUGCUCGUAGACAGUUCGAACUUUGCAUCAACUAGACCAAUCAUAAUAUUUUGCUGAAGAAGGAGCCUAAUCAAUCAUCGCUGGAGGAACAAGAACCAGAAGAGCUAUCGCUAGCAUCAACUAGAUGGCCCUUAUAAGCCACCAACAGAUCCAUAGUAUGCUCAUCUCCGAAUCUUGAUAUGAAUUUCUCCAAGAAAUCUUUCUCAGGGAGCUGCACCAUCUCUAGCACACUAGGCUCCUUCUUCUUCAACAGUCCUUUUCCUCUCAAAACCUGCAAAACCUUAACCCUAGGUAUCACUCUCUCCUCCAUACUGUGCAUCAACAUACAUGGCCGCUUCACCAAAGUUUCUCUCUUUAUCCCCAUUGUCUCCAUGUAGAACUCCAUUCCCAACUUCAACUUGUCCGUUGAGCAUCGAACCAGACCAGGAGCCCUUCUGAUCAUCUCUCUUGUCUGAUCCUCUGAGAACCCAUGAUCCAAAAACGUCUUCAUUUUCCUGUCGAAUGUCUUCUCGCUCAGACAACUGAGCGCGUGCACCGCGUGAGCCAGCAUUCCUGAGUUAACACUGAAACCCAGAUCCAGAGCACGAGAAACAUAAACCCUAAGCUUGUUCUCCUCCGAAAUGAGGAGCCUUGGCUGUUUCUUCAGUAGGAAAGCAAGCUGUGAGCCGACAAUUCCACAGGACUUGAGAUAAGCAAUGUUGGGUAAGAGAUACGCAUUAGGGUCUCUGUUCAGCAGCCAACUGCAUCUGCUAAGAACCUUAACCAGUUCCUUGUUGUUCUCGUCGUUAGGCGAGAGAAUGGUCUUUAUAAUUUCAGUGGAAGGGAUCAAUCUUUUCUUCAGGCUGAGGCUCAUAACCGAGGAAUUUUUA